AUGCUGACCACCAUCUCCUUCAAUUCUUUCAAUCUUUCCAAGUCUACUGUAAGUCUCAGUAUGACUUGAUAAAACCUUAUUAAUCUCUAUGUUCAGAUAGCUACAGUUACAUUUUCUGACAGUCCAGAGACUAUUUUUCUCAAGUUUUCUCAAUAUUCUAAUAAAGAAUUCUGUGUUUUAUAUGAUUUCUGGACGCCCUCAGAUCAUCUUAAGGAUAGGAUCACAUUCGUUGUCCAUUCCACAAUAGAUUAUGUACAAUAUUUAGAGAAACAUGUAAGUUUCGCUUUAAAUUAAAUUAAAUUCUCGUCCAUUUCAGAUAGAUUCUUGGACCGGGGCCAUUUCCUUGGCUAUUUUUAUCGAUUAUCCCGACGAAAACGACUUUAUUAAGAACACGAAGGCAAGUAUUUUUGAUUACAAUAUAAGAUUACUUUAUUUUUUUCAGUUAGUGCUUUCCAAAUUGGAAACUCUGGAAACAGCAAAGUCCUCUGGAAUCGUGGGGAUCCAUUUAUUCUACAGGAAUCCGACGAAUACGACCGCGUGUGGGGAUAUUACUAUAACAACAGCAGAGACGAGAGGGACAUAUUCUGAUGUGGAUUCGAUAUAUCCGAUUAAUGUUGCGAGGAAUAUUGCCCGAAAAGGGUCCAAAACUAAAUUAUUUAUCUCCGGAGAUAUCGAGAACUACUUUGUUACAAACUAUGAACACAGGAUGAGAAAGCUGGCCAUGGAGAAGUUGAUUAAGUAAGGAGAUUACAAUAACUCAUAACCAAAUUAAAUAUUUAAGCAGCAAAGAGAAGUUGGCGUUGGUUCAUCGACGAUUUGAAGUGGAAAACGGACUUAAACUACCGAAAACAAAGAACGAAUUACAGCUACUUUACAACAGGGGAAAAGCAGUAGUCUUUCACAGAUAUUUCUACCAGGUCGGGCAUGCCAUUCCAAAUAUAGAUGCUUGGUUUAAUCACAAAGAAGAUUUGAAUAACACUUCUGUUCAGAGGGUAAGUUCACUGCAAAUCGUACUACUAUUAACAGACAGCGUAAUCUCAUCGUUUCAGAUAAUGGAUUAUCCAAAUCCUCGAUGGGAGCCUCAGUUUGUUGGUCUGAAUUCAGAAGUUCCUCUCCACGAUGAAUCUUUUCCUUUUCGAAUGAGUUCCAAUACUCAUUUGUGCUCGGAGAUGUGCAGAGCCGGCUUCAGAUUCGCGAUUGUUUAUGAUUUAUUCACUAUUCAUGUGGGGAUCAAAAAAAAAGAAAGUCCCAAUGAAUUGGCGGUAAAGAAGAAGGUCUGGAAGAGUGGUUAUCGGCAGGUAAUCUUAUCCAUGCUUUUUCUGGAUAUCAUAUUUUUUCAGAUUGUCGAUGAUUUUGUAAAACGCCUUGACCUACAGUAUCCCUCAACCAAAAAUAAAUGUCCCAAAUUUGUGCCAUAG